AUGAGUUUGGUAUGUGAAGAGACUCCUAAUAGUGUGAAGCUUGGUAUCUUAAAACUUACAAGUGGUAUACUUGAAGAGAUCAUAGAGGGUCAGAAGACCGAUGUGGAAUUUGUUGACCGACUUGUGUUAAUAAAUCAAGAUAAAGGCGGUGACUUCAGGAUUGAUAAGAAUGAUGUGAUGAAGUUUAGAGCCAGAGUUAGUGUACUAAAUGUACCCAAGCUUAAGAAGAGUAUUCUUGAGGAGGGUCACAUAAGUGGGUUGGGUAUUCAUCCAAGAGCCACUAAAAUGUAUCAAGACUUGAAGAAGUUGUUUUGGUGGCUAGGAAUGAAGAAGGAAUGGGAUAACAUUUCCAUGGAUUUAGUUACGAGUUUUCCGAAGAAGGCGAAAGGAUGUGAUUCUAUUUGGGUGACUAUUGAUAGACUGACUAAAUCGACUCAUUUCAUACCGAUUAAGAUCAGUUAUCCUUUACAGAAGUUAGAUGAGACGUAUAUUGAGAAGGUUGUUAGUUUACAUGGUAUUCCAUCGAGCAUUGUGUUGGAUAGAGAUCUGAUGUUCACGUCAAGGUUUUGGCAGAGUUUGCAAGAGGGGUUGGGUACUAAGCUAAAAUUGAGUACUACUUAUCAUCCUUAG